CUCUUCCUUGUACCUUAGCAACAACACUCGACUUUGCGUUGCUUUUCAACACUCUGUCUGGGUUUUGACAACAAAGAGCGGAAGAGAAAUAGCGGACUCAACUUCUACGGAUCACGCGUGGCGUAAGUAUGAGUGCUUCCAGGUUCAUAAAAUGCGUCACGGUCGGUGACGGUGCCGUCGGCAAGACUUGUCUGCUCAUUUCCUACACUAGCAAUACUUUCCCUACCGAUUAUGUGCCAACUGUCUUUGACAACUUUAGUGCUAAUGUGGUUGUGGAUGGGAACACUGUUAAUCUGGGAUUGUGGGAUACUGCUGGACAGGAAGAUUACAAUAGAUUAAGACCAUUGAGCUAUCGUGGAGCAGAUGUCUUCUUGCUGGCAUUUUCUCUCAUUAGCAAAGCUAGCUAUGAAAAUGUUGCUAAGAAAUGGAUUCCAGAAUUGAGACAUUAUGCACCCGGUGUUCCAAUUAUUCUUGUUGGGACUAAGCUUGAUCUUCGAGAAGAUAAGCAGUUCUUCAUAGAUCACCCUGGUGCGGUGCCCAUUACCACAGCACAGGGUGAGGAAUUGAGAAAGCUAAUUGGAGCGCCUUUUUACAUUGAGUGUAGUUCAAAAACACAACAGAAUGUGAAAGCGGUCUUUGAUGCGGCCAUCAAAGUAGUUCUCCAGCCUCCAAAGAAGAAGAAGAAAAAGAAGAGAAAGGCACAAAAAGCUUGCUCAAUAUUGUGAUCAUGCAAAGAAGUGAUAUUGGUGCCAGAUACCAUGAACAAUUAGCCAUUUAAUCUGUUAGUCUCUCACCAUAUCUAUUAUCUCUUCUCUCUGAGAAAAUAGCUCCUUUCGGUAUGUUAUCUGAACUGACAGAACUAGGGAACUUUCUACAAGCAUCAAAAUGUGUCUUUUUUUUUUCUUUCUCUUGGAUUGUAUUCUGAAUUUGUAUAUCAAGGGUCUUUCAUGUAUUUGUCAACAAGCACAUUAUCCCCUUCAGUUUCUUUGGGUUUAGAUAUGCUUUGAUCCAUUGGCUACAUUUGCAGAGAACAACCUAUUGUUUUCUCUUGUAUCUUGUGAUGUAAUAUGAUCUUAGUACAUUUAAAGGAACUUGCUAAUAUAUGUGUGGUUUUGCAUUGCCA